AUGUGUAUUUCUCUGCGCUGUUCGAUUCGACCUGCUCAAGGCGGGAUUCGUUGCUAUGUGGCUCAGGUACGGAACAUAAGUAUGCCAGAUUGGGCCACGCUGCCAAGCAGCCAACUACCCGAAACUGCUGCUCAGCUUAUUAAUGAAGUCAAUAAGCUUGAAGCACAAAUUUCUACUGUUCUGAACCAGCUUAUUGAAGCAAAUACUACUUGGCAAGACAUUAUUGCUGGUCUCUCUGGAACGCAAAAAGAUGAGGAGCAGACCUUAUACCACGAAAUGGCACAGAAACCCAAAAAUCUUCUUACUGACAUUGACGCCGCCAGAUACAUACGGGCACGAACAUGUUAUCCGAGCCCUCCUGCACCGCAAUCUCCAAACUAUCUCCCCGAUCACUCUUGA